CCGUUUAUUUGUUUCAAAACUAGUGAUCAGCGGUCAUGGAAAUUUUUUCCCGGGCCACUGGCCUUCUUCUCUCCAUUUUCUUCCUUGGAGCUCGCCAAAUCCGUGGCGAUGAAGGAUGGACCGACGGAGCUCACGCAACUUACUACGGAGGAAGUGAUGCAUCAGGAACAAACAAUGGCGCGUGUGGCUAUGGAAACCAGCUGAGCGCUGGCUAUGGAGUUCUCACCACUGCUUUGAGCGCCCCACUGUUUAACGAUGGUCACGUUUGCGGAGCUUGCUUCGAAGUGAGGUGUUCUUGGGGCGACUCUGGCUGCCUCGCCGGGAAUCCUUCCAUUGUUGUCACUGCCACGAAUCUGUGCCCGCAAGGAAGCAAUGGAGGAUGGUGUGAUUCUCCCAAGCAACACUUUGAUCUCGCGCAGCCGGCAUUCGCUCUCAUCGCCGUGAUUCUCAAUGGUCACGUCCCAAUCCAAUACCGGAGAGUGAGCUGCAAGCGCGAUGGAGGCCUUCGAUUCACGAUCAAUGGUCACGUCUACUUCAAUCUGGUGCUCAUCGAGAACGUUGGCGGCACCGGGGACGUGAGCGCGGUGUCGAUCAAGGGAUCCAAGACCGGGUGGCGGCCGAUGACGAGGAACUGGGGCCAAAACUGGCAAGAUGGCGGGGAUCUCACUGGCCAGAGCUUGUCCUUCGAGGUCACCACCAGCGAUGGAAACAAGAUCACGGCCUACGAUGUCGCUCCAGACUACUGGCAGUUUGGACAGACCUUUAGCGGCGGCCAGUUCUAGAUUCUAGAGCCCCCGGAUCGAUCGAUCGAUCGGAAAAACCAAAACUUUCGAUCGAUCGAGGAAAGUUGGAGCAGAGGUGUGAUUUGUGCCCGCUCCUAUGGCCAUUCUAUAAGGAAAAUCUAUGAUCUCUGGAGAGAGCUAGA